AUGCAUCUAUUCGCCCACCACUUGCCUGCCGUUCUUGUCUUGUCUCCAGACUCUUGGGAAGAUGCGCGGAGGCGUCAAGUCCUCGCUCGUCGUCAACAGGGCAAUGAGCGCAAGCUUGUGACAAUUAUUAUUUUAGCCUGCCUGAUGGGCCUGAUUCUUCUGACAUUGCUUUAUCUCGUGAUUCGCGCAUUUCGAUUUCGCCAUGCAAACAAAAAGAAGGGAGGCAACGCCCAGACUGGCAACCGUGGCUGGUUUUCUGGUCUGUCGCUGACCGGUCGCGGACGCGAUUAUCAGCAAGCCCAUGACGAUGAUGCCGUUGAAGCUUCUGCCGGCCGACGAAACCGCGCCUCAGUCCGCUUUGCCCCUGCUGCGGGCGAGGGGAAUGCUUCCUCGAAUACUACCUCGACGAUUGACCGGAAUACUUCGGUCCGCUCCGUCAUGACCCUGCCUGCUUACAGGGCCCAAGCACUCGAGAAUGAGCAGGUCAUCGGUCGCGAAGGCGAGAGAGAUGGUGUCGAUAUUGUUGUCGAAAACCCCACGGCCGAGGAGGACGAGGAAAGAAGGGAGCGCGAAAUGGCAUCACUCUACGAAAUCCGCGUGGCCCGCCGACAGGAAAUCGCCAACCGUGAGGAGCGCAGACGAGAGCGACAAGAUGCUAGGACUCGAAACGACGUUGUGGCACUCCAAAACAUCAGGGAUAGGACUCGUGCUGCCAGUAACAACUCUGUGCUGGAGGAACUACGCCGCGAUCACGAGCGCCUCAAGAAUGAACGUCAACGCGCAGUCUCGAGCGUAUCAUAUGGCGAUCUCGGCGUUGCACGACACGAUGGAACACGCCUGCGCGCCAACAGCAACGAGAGCGAGAGGAUGGGCUUACUGUCUGACGCUGCUAGCAUCGCUGCUACAUCAACCCGCUCUGGCGUCAUCUCGCCCAUGCAGCACCAAAGAGCAGCUAGCUCAGGCUCCGUCUUGAGCUUUGACAGCGAUCUCCCGUCGCCAGGAUUGCCGAGAUCACGCGCCAGCUCACGUCCUUCGACACCUCGUCUGAAUACUCGAGCCGGGUCGAGCCCCGAAAUCAUCGAGCCCGAUUCGGACAUGCCCUUACACUCACCCCCUGGAUACGAAGAUGUCUCAUUGGAAGAUACCCGCUCGGGGGCUACAACUCCUCACAAUGAGCCACCUCCCGUAUACAGCGGACCUGCGCAGCGAAGAGCCUCGCAGUUGGUCACGGAAAUGUCUGAUUUGGCCGCCGGGAGGCGGUCGCCUACGGAUGGCCGAGCUGAUGGGGACUCUCCCUCCCCGAGGAGUGGCAGUACUGCCCCUCAACUGCCACAACUCCGCCUCCAGCCUCUCCCGCAGAUUGUCAUUGAGCCUUCAAGCGCAAGACCACAAGAUGACUAA